AAGAGCGAUGAUCUUCCUUUUCUGGACUGGUCCUUGGGGCUCCCAUGCUGUAUUUGCUCCUGACUGUUGCAAAGUUCUUUGUAAAGAUUACCUGAGGAAGUCAGUGCAAUGUCGACUCCAUGCCCACCACUCAUGGCUCCAACUACGGCUUGCUUGCGCUGAGAAGUGCAAGUUCUUUGUGCUAUACACAUGGUGAUCGUCAUCUACGAAACACAUGGAAAUGAUUAUGAGCACCAUGUCUUCUCGGCAGUGUUCAAGGCCAUGCCUGCCUCGCGGAUGUAAUGCGCCAUCAGCGGUGGCGUCUGUCAAUACUACUAGCAUCCAUACCACCGGCUCGGGUGGGUGGGACAAUGCAAGUAAAUUUCAAAUAGGCUGUCAUUUUGCCCUCACACAGCGCUUUGACGUGGAUGGCGAAUCUCAUUCAACUUUGAGUACGAGGUAUCAUCAUCAGCACCAGCAUCACAAUUACACUCAGCGACUGCCCUCCGUAAGUUGCCACGGAUGUCGGUUGACGCGAGUAUCUGCACAUUGUUGUGAGAUAUCGAGCCUCGUGGACUUUCGCGGAGGUAAGCUGGGAUCGGAUUUCGCAUCACACAAGGAAAGGUGUCACGAUCGAAGUAGACUAGUGACAGUCGAAGCGUUCGAGAUACAGUAUUUUACCCUUCGUCGUCACAGCAAGUUGAGCUAACAUGAUGAGAGGAGAGACAAGGUCUUUACUCUCCAAAACGUCUUUGCA